AUGGCGAGGUUGAUUUUCCAUGGCGGGUCACGCUGGGAGUCCUACGAGAAGUACAAGAAGCGCCAGCACGGUUUGCUCGGAAUAUCUGAAGGAGAAGAGGAGGGUAACCUAUCUUUCAGUCACCUCGGGCCAGUCGACACAUUUUCCAGUCAAUUUGUUUAUUCUGAAAAAGCCGACAACAUCUGCACUAGGAUGACUGGGAGCUCCGUCUUUUUCGUGGUCUCGGUGCUAUUCACGUUGCUGAACCUGCUAUGGAUCGGCAUCAGCACGGAGCUUGGCGAGUUCAACCAGAGUUUGUGGAAUCGGGGCACAGAGUCCAUUAUAAUCGAGCAUAUCUUCACGCUUUACAGCAUUGUCGAGAUCGUGCUCCAAGUCAUGAGCAUGAAGCACAGGUCAAAGUGCUUUUUCAGUCCCUGGUUCCGCCUUGACGCAGCGUGCACUGUUGCAAUCGUGCUGGAGGUUCUCGUGGCCCCCCACGUGCCAGCCGCCGCAGGUUCCCUGCUCGCCUACCAGGUGCUGCGACUGACGAGGCUGGCGUGGCUGCUCAAGUUGACGCGCGCAAGGCGGGCCGUGGGGACUAUUCUGAACGAGAUGGCCAGUGGCAUGCGCUCGGCGGCUGACAUCUGGAUCCUUAUCGCCGUCCUCCUGUACACCUGUGGCGUGCUGCUCACCGCUGCCAGCCAUCGCAGCGAGCAUCUGAGGGAGCGGUACUUCGGGUCUGUGGGUCACACGAUCUUGUCGCUGCUUUCCCACGGCGUUGCCAUGGACGGUCUUAGUGAAUUCUUCAACGACUUGCGUGCUCAUCACGCGAUCUUCGAAGCGUCGGUGUUUGCCACGUUCGUGUUUCUGACCUAUUUCGGGCUGUUGAACAUGCUUGUUGGUGUUUUUUUGUAG